AUGGUGUGGGUACCAGGGAGACUCUGGAAAUAUUUUGGAAAUCGGGGACCCGGCGGCGGCUCCGCGGGGGAAGCAGCGAGGCUGGCGCAGCGCCGAGGUCGCGGCCCUGGGGGCCCGCAAUCUGCACCUAAGAAUCCGAGAGUGAGUCGGAGUGAGCGCAGCCACUGCCCAACCCAGACCGUGAAGAAGCUCCUGGAAGAACAGAGACGCCGUCAGCAGCAGCCUGAGGCUGGUGGGGUUCCGGGCCACUUCUCCCCUCCCCUGGCCCCGCCACUGACCCCAUCUGUGAACGAGGCAGAAGCAGGCCACACUCACUUCCCCACCUUCCAAGAGACCGUGGAUUCAGGACCUGGCACCCUGGCUCCCCCUUCAGGCUUUGCAGACUGGGACCCCAGCACCCAUGCUUCUUAUACAGAUAGCUCUUGCCCGUACUCUGCUGCUGAAGGCUUCCUGACUCCUGAUUUCUACCCACCGUCAGACCCAGGGCGCUCAGGCCCAUUUCCCCUGGGGAUGGAGGUAGGAUCCUGGAGAGUCUCUAGCCUCCCCUCAGGAUCUCCACAGUUGCCUCCAUCCAUUGGACCCUCCCUGGAGACAGCCCGAGCUCACAUACUGGCUUUGGGGCCACAACAGCUACUGGCCCAGGAUGAGGAAGGAGACACGUUCUUGCACCUGUUUGCGGCUCAGGGACUGCGCUGGGCAGCGUAUGCUGCAGCAGAGGUAUUACAGAUGUACCGACAGCUGGAUAUUCGUGAGCAUAAAGGCAAGACUCCUCUCCUGGUGGCAGCAGCUGCCAACCAGCCACAGAUUGUGGAAGACCUCCUGAGCCUGGGAGCAGAGGCUAAUGCUACUGACCAUCAAGGCCGUUCUGUCUUGCAUGUGGCUGCCACAUACGGGCUCCCAGGAGUCCUUUCGGCUGUGUUUAAAUCAGGCAUUCACGUGGACCUGGAAGCCAGAGACUUCGAAGGCCUUACCCCCCUCCACACAGCCAUCCUGGCUCUCAAUGCUGCUACGCCCCCACAUAGCAUCUGUCCAAGGAUGCUGAGUUCCCAAGCCCGAGACAGACUGACUUGUGUGCAGAUGUUGCUGCAAAUGGGUGCCAGUCAUACCAGCCAGGAGAUCAAGAGCAACAAGACCAUUCUGCACUUGGCUGUCCAGGCUGCCAACCCUACCCUGGUUCAGCUGCUACUGGGGCUGCCGAGGGGGGACCUGCGGGCCUUUGUCAAUAUGAAGGCCCAUGGGAACACGGCCCUGCACAUGGCGGCUGCCCUGCCCCCUGGGCCGCCCCAGGAGGCCAUUGUGAGGCAUCUGCUGGCAGCUGGAGCAGACCCGACGCUGCGCAACCUGGAGAAUGAGCAGCCUGUUCAUUUGCUGCGACCUGGGCCGGGCCCUGAGGGGCUCCGGCAACUGUUGAAGAGGAGCCGUGUGGCACCCCCAGGCUUGUCCUCUUAGGACUGAAACCCAGAACCUGGACUGAUUUUCCAGUCCCCACCGUCCCGUGGGACAGUCAGCGUAUGCUCAUGUCGCAGAUUCUUGAUAAUAUAUGUGGAAUAUCCUGCCAUUAGGGUCUUACAUUAAAACCCCAAAGUGGCACUGGGGGAGGUGAGCAGUCCCCAACAUUUGGGGUCAUGUGAUACCUCCUCCCUCUACAAGGGGCUAUCUAGAUGAUUUCUGUGAAAUCGAGCCCACUUGACUGUUUCUGUGAAACACCCCAGAAAUCUUUAACUUUCUCCUACUUGGAUCAGCGGUGAUCACCUCCCUAGACUCAGUCUUACACCCCCAGAAACUCCAACGGAGCCUCCAUGGGGUUUGAGGCAUCCCAGUACCCUCGCAUCAACGCCCCUCCCCAGGAUGUCAGAAAGGCCCUCCGAGAUUGUUGUGCCCUGAGUUCUGGCUGCACUGUCAUUUAGAACUCAAUGUCCCAGACCUCAGCAUCCCUGCGGAAUUGUUCCCCUUGGUCUGUGUGUCACUGGAGCUCCCAAUUAAACUCCAUUUGGCCUCA